GUCUCAGUGAACCGCAACUUGAACAUGACGAGGACUAGUGGCAGUGUCACUUCGCUUCACCCCGCAAUCAUCCCUCUAGAACCGAUUGCUCCUGAUGUCAAGAUCAAUUCGCAUAAUGCCAAUAAUGCGAAUACCACCUCCGCUCACUCCGCGUCGAUUCUUGGCCAAGAUAUCGAUACCGCUCCGCCAGCAGACCCGGACCUUUCGGCUCCAUCACAAUCUUUGAGCAUCUCCAAGAUCAGAGGUGUGACGGUCAUCGUGACCUUGGCUGGCAUCAGCUUUCUCAACACUAUGGGCUCUGGCAUUCUCAUUGCCGCCCUUCCACGAAUCGCCGAUGACGUUGGUCUCGGAGAGAGCCUCAUCCUAUGGCCCGCCGCUGUUUAUGCGCUCGCAGCCGGUUGUUUACUGCUCAUCUUUGGCGCUGUUGCCGAUGUCAUUGGUGCCAAGCUGAUGUGGGUGACGGGAAGCUAUCUCUUCGUGAUCUUUACACUGGCAGUUGGUCUUGCCCAAACUGGGAUCCAGAUCAUCGUCUUUCGAACGUUACUUGGGGCAUCUAUUUCGAUGUGCUUACCCACCGCCGUGAGCUUAAUCUCGAACACGUUCCCAAGAGGAAAUUGGAGAAACAUUGCCUUUGCCAUGAACGGCAUGGGCAGUCCUUUGGGAUAUGCUCUGGGCUUGGUUCUCGGAGGCAUUUUCACCGACACGAUCGGCUGGAGAUGGGCUUACUACAUGAUGGCCAUUAUCAACUUUUGUCUUUCGACUUGUGCCAUUUGGUCACUGCCAUCUGUUCACACUGAAUCUGAACGAAAAUGGACUGCCCGGUUGAUGCACGAGAUUGACUGGGUUGGUGCUACGACAAUGAGUGUGGCACUCGGCAUGCUCCUGUAUGUGCUUGCCAUGAUAUCGUCUUCCUACAAAAAGCUCGACGACGCCUCCAAUAUUGUCCUUUUGACAACAGCCCUCGUCCUGUUGAUUGCAUUUCCAUUCUGGAUGAACUACCAGGUCAAACGGGGGAAGCCGGCCCUGAUCCCAAAUGAGCUCUGGAAGAAUCGUUCCUUCACUUCGGUCUGCGUCGCCGUCUUUCUUUGCUGGGCAUCGCUAAACGGUAUUGAGUAUUUCACCACUCUAUACUUCCAAAAGGUCGAAGGCCUAUCCGCCUUGCAGAGCUCGCUACGAUUCUUGCCCCAUGUCAUCAUGGGUGUUGCAGUCAACAUCAUCACCGGAUUGCUCAUCGCACGCGUCAAGGUGCGCACUCUGGCUGUUGUCUCGGCACUGAUCACCAUGGUCGCCUCACCUCUGAUGGCCACGGUCGAUGUUGGCGAGAACUAUUGGCUGGCGCCAUUUUGGGCCAUGUUUCUCUCGCCCGUCAACCCAGACGUACUCUUCACCGUGUCUAACCUGGUCAUCUCCGAUGCGUAUCCUCCAGAGAUGCAGUCUCUCGCCGGUGGUGUAUUUAACGAAGUCGGGCAGUUUGGAAACUCUGUAGGGCUGGCCAUUACUGCCGCAAUCGCAGCGUCCGUCACAGAGCACUCUGGAAUCCAAGCACGCGAGGAAGCGUUGAUGAAAGGUUAUCGAGUGGCGUUUUGGACCAUCUUUGCCAGUUGUUCGGCUGUUACCAUUGUCGUUUGGUUUGGACUGAGAAAGGGUGGAGUCGUUGGCAGAAAACAAGAUUGA